UCGUUCUUCCCCGCCUGCUGCAAUCUUUGUGCAGGUCGUUUACGACACAUUGAUGUCGAGUUGCGAGACAUUGGCGCGUAUUGUUGAAUACAGUGCUGCUCGAAAGGGAUUUGGGUACUUUCUAAUAUCGAAAUCGGGGGCCUUUUUACCCCUCACUACUUCAGGAACCAGCGCGCUGUUGAAGUUUUUAGCGCAUAUUCGCUAAGCACAGUGCUCGCAUUAGUGCAUACCACAGCAUGUCAGCGCCUGUGAACGCUGAAGAAGCGCCCGAAACGCCCCAUCAGAUAUCCGCUGAAGAAGUCCUCCAAACCUUGAACAGUGUUCAAGGAGAUCCAAACCGACCGGACGAUGAGGUCGUGCAGCUUCGAAGGAAGAUAUCAAAGAUUAUGAGUGUACUUAACGAGAAAGGAGGUGUGGUUGGCGAUGAAGCUGGAGUCUUAGAGCGCGUUCGCGAGCUCGCUGCAAGUGCCUCUCAGUCGGCGCAAGCUGCAUUCGCCGCAGGAGUAACACAACCUCAACCCGAUGCUCUACCUCCAACACCAAAACGACACGACGACGAAGAAAGACAACAAACUCCAUCACAGUAUACCCAAGCCCAGUCAACGGCCCAUGCUGUUCCCCUUUCAGCUACAUCGCCUACUUCAGCAAAUCAGGCACAUCCCCGCUUUCAAUUUUUCUAUCCUCCUGGUAAUCUUCCAGGUCCUCUCUUUGCCGUACCGCAGCCUACGUCCACAGGUGUUGGAGCUUUCCCACUGUUAGUGGCAGCAGCAGUUGCUGCGCAGCCAGCUCCAAUACAGCCAGGCCCAGCUCCAGAGCGAGAGGACAAUGGAAUGAGUUCCAUAAAACGCAAACGACGGCCUACCAAAGUGUACAGUUGCACCUUUCCUGGAUGUACGAGACAGUUUACUCGCCACUUCAACCUCCAAACUCACAUGAAGACACAUGACCCGAAUCGCGACAAGCCCUUCAGUUGUGAGCUAUGUGAUAAAGCAUUUGGACGUAAAGUUGAUCGAGACAGGCACAUGAACGUGCACACAAAAGAAAAGACACACGUUUGCCCAUACUGCAGCAAGACUUUCACUCGCAAGGAUGCGUUACAGCGCCACGUUACUGCUCGUCGAUGUGGGCCUGUCGUACCAGGCCUCGGUGCUGUUUUUGGGGGAAUACCGCUACCAAGCAUCCGCAUGAUCGGCGAUGUCGAUGGAGGAGUACAAGAACACGACGGCGAUGCAGUCGGCCGGAAUGGCGGAAUGCCUGCUCCAGGAACACCAACACCUUCUGGGGUUGCUGGUAAUGUUAAUGGUCAAUGGGUUCUUCUUCCGAUGGGCAAUAUGAUGCCCAACGGCCAGAACAUGCGUGAGGGCAUGGUAGGCAAUGUCAUGAAUAAUGGUAUGGGAGGGAUGGUCCUUGGCCAGCGUAUUCAAAUGGAGGAUGGAGGACGCGAUCAGCCCGACGGGCAUCCUCAGCUGCGCAUCAUGGAGGUUAGGGAAGGUGAUGAAGAAAAGCACAUGCAUCGGCACCCUACUCCACAAGAUAUGGGCAUCAAUCACGAUGAUCGACACACAUUGGCACAACAGAGCGCCAACGUUGCCGAAGCGGCGCAUCACGCUGUGCUCGCUUACCAACAAGCAGGAGCUCAAGAUGCCGGUAAUGCCAUGCUGGCUUAUCAGCAACACCAGCAAAAUGCAAGAGAGGCACAACAAGGAAGACCUGACGACGGAAAUCAACUUCCCUUGGAGAUGAGAGCGGGUGCGAUCCAGUUUUCACUGCAAUAAUUGAUGUAAAGGAAUCUGAGAGAUGUCCAAUAGGAGCGCACGUCUGUCAUUUGAUGAGCCAGACGGUCGUAGUGGUUUAUAGCACUGUGGGCACUCAUUAAGCACUCCAAAGGUGUGCGAUAUGUCACAUUUGAUAUGUUGGAGCUACAUACUGGGUAGCAUUGUAAUGAUAUAAUAAUAAAAAAAGAGCUCACAAAUCCAAAGA